AUGGAUAGGACAAUGAUGUCAGCGGUAACAAUGCAGCAGGUGAGGAGCAGAGCACCACAUGGUGCAUUUACACUUUCCUUCUUCAUUGCUUCCCCAGUGGAGCGUAUGAAAGCUGAAGCUGCGCAGGCUACAGCAAAAAUACAGGAGGAAAUGCAACAGAAGAUUGAACAGUUGCUGCAAGAGAAAGAGAAGAGCCAUGAGGAGCACAGCAAACAGUUGACUGAGAUGAUGGGGAAGGCACAGGACCAGAAUAAGAAUAUGCAACAGUUGGUUGAACAGUUGGUGCAACAGAAAGGAAAGAGUGAUGAGGACCACAGGAAAAAGUUGACUGAGAAGGUAGAUGAAGCACAGGCCAAGUUGAGAGAGUUGCAGAAGGAGAAAGAACAUUUGCAGAACCAGAUGAAGUGUCUAGAGGAAAAAAUCAAACAUCUGCCUGAGGAGAAAAAGAAGGAAAAUCAUGAAUAUGACCAACUUCGCGAGCAAUAUGAAGACCUAAAGAAGAAAAUAAUACAAAUUGAUGAAGAAUUAAGAAAUAAGCAGGGAAAGUCGUGUGUCAUAAGCUAAAGGCCUAAAGAGUUGUGCCAUCCUGCCAUUUGAAGCAGAGCUGAAUAUGGUAUUGAAUUGGGCUCAAGGGUGACUCUUGUUGAAUAUAGUGUGCAAAAUAUUCAGCACAAUCUUUGAAAUUAUAUUUAUCUUAUCUUAUAUUAAGUUUGUUCAUCUAGGAUUCCAUUGACAUCUUUACCACAGAGGAGAUACCAACAGCGCUACUCAGAAAGAAGUACCUUUUUAAGAUGAUCUCAAGGAUACACAUGGACACUUAUCACAUUCUGAACCAUUGGCACGAAACUAGGAACCAAGUUAUGCAGGACUGUGAUGGGUCAGAAAUAGCCAGCCUCAUUCCUUACAAUGUAAAAUUAUCUAUUAUAUCAAAAGUGUUCAACCUUUCUGCAAUGGCAUGAUUUGUGGACACUGGUGAUGGGUAACCCAAUCAACACAAUCUAUUGUAAAUCAAGACACCUGCAUCGAAAUCUAGAGUACCCAUAUAUAAUAUCUACACAAAAAUGGAAGAAAACAUUAGCACAGCAAGAAGCUGAAUCACAGGUCCAUGGACCAAAGAAGGAAAUGUUUCAGUUCAUGUAGAUUGACACUGUAAUGGGACAUUUCUAAGUUUUAACUGUUGACAGUGAUUAUGUACUAACAUGAUAAAAUCAGCAUAAUGUAGAAUACUAACGUUAAAGAUGGACUUUAAAUGAUGGUGUGUAAUCUCUUGGUAUCAAAGCUGUCUUAAUGAUUCAUCUGUAAACAUUAACUUACACUGCUCUUUUACUAUGAUUAGCAGCUGUGUUUGAAAUCCUGUUGAUUUUUACCAAAGAAGAAUAAAGAUUAUUUUCCUAUAUUUUUAACCAGCUCUUAGUACUAAGGAAUAUAUCUAAAAAAAUCACAACUGCCAGAAAUGUAAAGUAAGUGGCUAACAGAUUUUAAAGGGAUUUAGAAUUUUGGGGGGUAUGGUUCAGUGAGUAAAAUGUUUGCUGUGCAAUCAUGAGGAUGUAAAUUCAGAUCUCAUAACCUACAGAGCAAACCAGACAUUGUGGUAGACAAAUGUAAGUUGGGGCAAGGGUACACAUGGUCACUGGGGUCUUCUAGUCAGUCAGCACAGUCGACA